AAAUGUUCUUAAAUAGAUACGCACAAAAAUUUGAUCCGGUGGUCAAUGUCUGCUCUUCGUCCUCGAGUCGCGGCAAAGAACCCUAGAAAGAAGCCCCCAAACAAGAUCUGGAUGGACGAAGACGCUGCACUUGGGAUUCAAAACUGGGGAGGGUAUUAUCGGACGCCGCCGAUGAAAGGAAAUCUUGGUCUGCAACUCAUGUCCAGCGUCGGAGAACGGAAUACCAAGUCGUUCUUCUCUGGCGUAGAAGCCGGAGGUGGCUACCUCCACCGGGAAUGCGGAAUCACGGAGCCUUCCACCAUGCCGAUGGACUUUACGAGGGAUAUGUGGUAUCAUAACAACAGAGAUAGCAGCAAGAUGCUUCAUGUAUUUCAGGGGAACCAUCAUCAGCAUUCUCACAAUUACGAAGCACUUCUGCCCGAAGCGUCCGCACAUUCCUUCCAGAUGCUGCAGCAGGUAGAAGUUCCGAGGGAGGAGAAGGCACCGCUCCUUGAGGAGCCUGUUGCUCCUCAACUUGAUGCAGAGCCAUUGAAGAAGAAAUCAAAGGGCCAGGGGCGCUCUUCCAAGACCUUGAAGCCGAAGAAGACCAAGAAGGCUAAGGCCCCAAGGGAAGAGUCCGUCAAUCCUUCUGGUAGAGGGAGGUCGGUAAAGAAGAGCAUGGAUAUGGUGAUAAAUGGUAUCGAUUUAGAUCUAUCAGGGAUGCCAACACCUGUCUGCACUUGCACAGGCCAACCUCAGCAGUGCUAUAGGUGGGGUGCCGGUGGGUGGCAGUCUGCGUGUUGCACUACAAGUAUUUCAUUGUACCCAUUACCGAUGAGCACCAAGAGGAGAGGGGCGCGGAUUGCUGGGAGGAAGAUGAGUCAAGGGGCGUUCAAGAAGGUGUUGGAGAAGCUAGCAGGGGAAGGUGAAGAUUUUAGUAGCCCGAUUGACUUGAAACUAUUUUGGGCCAAGCAUGGCACAAACAAGUUUGUGACCAUCAGGUAAAGGUCUAAAUUGUUUAAUUUACUUUGGUAGGAUUCACCUCCACUCUAUGGAGGGUCUGAUGAUUAUGUUCUUUGGCUGUUCAUAUUGACAUGUAGUCUACUGCUGAUACUCUUGGAAAGACCGUUGCAAUAGUUGUUGUACUUGGAUUUCUUUAUUAUUAAUAUAUGCAUGCAGUUCAAGGUUAAAAA